AUGGCCAGCACAGCCAGCACUGACAACACCAGUCCCAUGCAUGAGCAGCAAGACCUGAAGGCCGACCCUGAAAAGGCUGGGGUGUCAAUUCCCAGUGACAAGCCAGGUGACGCAACCAAAUUGGACGACACCAGCUCCCCCGAUGGCGGUCUCACUGGAUGGUUGGUCGUUUUAGGCGCGUGGUGUUGCUCUUUUUCCAGCCCGGGUUGGACCAAUAGUGUGGGCAGCUUCCAACAGUACUACGAGACAGGCCCUCUAAAAGACUACUCCAGCAGCACCAUUGCUUGGAUUCCGUCACUCCAGUUGUUCUUCCUGUUCGCCUUAGGGCCUAUUGUGGGCAUCAUAUUUGACAACUAUGGACCGAGGCCGCUCAUCAUUGGCGGCACGCUUUUCCACGUCUUCGGGCUGAUGAUGGCCUCAUUGGCGAAGACAUACUACCAGUUCAUCUUGUCCCAAGGAGCAGGCUCAACCUAUUCUUUGUCCCUUAAGUGGCUCAUGCUGACAGAUGUCCUGCGCGAUGAAGCACUCGCCUGUGUUUCGACCUGGUUUUCUAAGAAGCGUGGAGCCGCCAUGGGCAUCAUGGUGACAGGGUCGUCAGUCGGCGGAGUCAUCUUCCCCAUCAUGAUCAGUCGCAUGAUCCGGAGUACCGGGUACCCCUGGGCCAUGAGGACAGCCGCCUUCCUUAUCCUUGCCCUGCAGGUCAUUGCAAUUGUCACGGUUCGCCCAAGAACCAAGCCAGUGCCGAAGAAAAUGCCUACCGGUCGCUUUGCUGCACCCUUUAUAGAGUUCCCGUUUGUGAUGUUGCUGCUGGGCAUCUUCGUCCUGACCUACGGUAUCUUCAUUCCCAUCGACUAUCUCGCUGUACAGGGCUUUCAGGAGGCGCACAUGUCAGAGGAGAUGUCUCAUCUUUUCGGUCGUCUGGCGGCUGGCUAUGGUGCUGAUAAAAUCGGAAGAUGGAAUAUGUUCAUCAUCGCCUGUACUCUGUCUGGCAUUUCCGAGUUCGCAGUCUGGAUCCCAGCCAAGCGCUCGUCCAUCGCCAUCGGCUUCGCCAUCAUGUUUGGCUUUGCCUCCGGAGCCUUUAUUGGUCUAUCCGGCGCCCUUCCUAUCUCAGUGUCCCCUCCGCCCGAGAUGGGCUACCGGCUUGGUAUCGUCUUCUUCGCCAUUUCGAUACCCGCCCUCACUAUGGCGCCCAUCGGUGGGGCCAUCCUGCAAAAUGCGUCCAACGGCUGGCUGGACGUGGAGAUCUUUGGGGGUGUUAUGUGCGUUGCAGGGUCGGCGAUUGUCCUGCUAUCCAGGUGGCUCUACACCGACAAAAAGCUUUUCAAGGUGUUUUGA